CCUGGCUCACACAGCAGAGUGAAGGCAUGGCUCCCCUGCGGGUGUUGGAGCUGUAUAGCGGUAUUGGGGGCAUGCACUGCGGCCUGGCAGAAAGUGCAAUAUCUGCUGAGGUUGUUGCUGCUGUGGAUGUUAAUACUACUGCCAAUGUAGUCUACAAAUACAAUUUUCCCAAAACGCCACUUUGGGCAAAGACUAUAGAGGGAAUAACAUUAAAGGAGUUUGAUGCUUUGGAUUUUGACAUGAUCUUGAUGAGCCCGCCAUGCCAGCCGUUUACAAGGAUAGGCUUACAGGGUGACGUGUCUGAUCCGCGAGCAAAGAGUUUCCUUUAUUUUCUUGGCAUCCUUCCAAGGUUGCAGAAGCUUCCCUCUUACAUUAUUUUAGAAAAUGUGAAAGGAUUUGAAUCAUCAGUAGCCAGAGAAAACUUAAUUAAAACAUUACAGACUUGUGGAUAUCACUAUCAAGAGUUUCUCUUAUCACCAACGUGUCUUGGGAUUCCAAAUUCAAGACUGCGUUACUUUCUGAUUGCAAAGCUUCAAAAAGAACAAUUUGCAUUCCAGGUCACCAAUCAAAUACUUGAAGGAUUUCCUGCCUGUGACACUAUGAGUUCCUUUGAAUCUCCUUGCUCUGUUACAGUAAAGUCUUUGGGAGGAAAUAUUGAAACAGAUGUAAAUAUACAAAAUGUGAUAAGCCAUCCUCAGUGCAACCCCAUACCGCACUCAGAUGAAACCAUUCUCUACAAGUUGGAAACAGCUGAGGCACUAGAGAGGAAACAAAGCCAGAACAAUGACUCUUCCAUCCAAAUGUUAGAAGAGUUUCUUGAGAAAAAUGAAGAUAAAGACAUGAGCCAAUUUUUUCUCCCGCCAAAGUCGUUACUGCGAUACGCUUUAAUUCUGGAUAUUGUCCAAACAACGAGUAGACGUUCAACUUGCUUUACAAAAGGUUACGGGCAUUAUGUGGAAGGCACGGGUUCUGUCUUACAGACCGCAACAGACGUUGAGAUAAGUUCUGCGUAUGAAUCACUGGAGACGUUGAACGAUGAGGAGAAACUUGCAAAAUUAUCCACUUUGAAAUUAAGAUAUUUUACUCCCAAAGAAAUAUCUAAUCUCCAUGGAUUUCCUCUGCAGUUUGGUUUUCCUGAGAAAUUAACAACAAAACAACAAUACAGACUGCUCGGGAACAGCCUUAACGUGCACAUUGUAGCCAAACUCAUCACCGUUUUACUUCAAUCCCGCUGAUAUUAUUGCAAGUUGUGGAGUUGAUCAUGUUCCUCAAGUCAUGCUUUUUAUGUUUGUACACAGACUGUAUGAAAAUAAAAUGUAAA